GUGUUUGUGUAACAUAAUGUAGCCUCUACUGCUCGAGCGAGAUUGACGUCUGACCCGCGGUGUGACGACGACGACCGCGACGGUUGCACGGAACGCAGUAUUGGACCAGCGUCCGCAGCGCACGAACCACCGCCGCAGACAGUCGAACCCACGCGCUGAACCCGACCGCGAUCCGUCGCAGGACCACUGAAACGACCGUCGGUGAACACCGGGAUCGUACAACAUUAUCAUCGGGUGACGCUCGCACGACGAUUGUUUUUCGUUCCCGUUCAUCCCGUCCGGACGCCAUGACGAGACGACUACUCGCGGUUUGCGCACUGGCGCUGCUCAUCCUGGUCGCCGGAUGCUCCAGCAGGCCUCAAGACAAGCCGCUGACCAAGGACGACGGGGCCGCCAAGCCGCAGGACAACGCGGCCGCGCCGGCCGCGAUGCCCGCCACGAACAGCCGGAUGAGCAGAUUGCAAAAGCAGCCCUCGCAAGCGCUGAGCACGGGCUUCGACGAGAUCGUCGUAGAGUCGAAUCUACAGGUGCAUAACCGAGUGGGAUCGAAAAACAAAUCGAAAAUCAUGUUGCCCUCGAACUCAACUUCUGCCUCCGCUCCGAUGACCAACAAGUCAGCCAGGUCUUUGGUGUUGUGACGCGCACAAGCCACGACGACGAUGAUCAAUUUUUACGCACCGCGAUUCCGCUAACCCUAUACAAAUAUAUAUAUAUUUUAGUUUUUAAAUCGGUUUUAAUGUAAUUUUAGCAACGUUCCCAGUACGGAGCGGGCGCCCGACUACGAGUUGACGAAAUAAUGUCUAAGAAUGUUUGUAAUAAAAGAAAACAAAAAAAAAAAUUA